AUGCCCCGGCCUGCAUUUAUCGUCCGAGCCACCGCCCCUUUCCGGUCCUUGGAAUUCGCCAUCGCACAUCCGAGCUAUCCGAACGUAUUCCAUUUCUACGCCAUGUCCGAGUUUCCAUCUAGCCCGAAAAUUCUUGUCUCCUCCGACGGAACAAAGAUCUAUGCAGAUGCUUCUGGAGACACAAGUAAACCAAGCAUUAUCUUCGUCCAUGGACUAGGCCUGAGUGGUGCUGUGUUCGACAGGAUCUUCUCGGACAAACGGUACACCGAGCACUUUUAUCUGGUUCGUUAUGAUAUGAGAGGCCAUGGACGAAGCGGCAAGCCAAUCAAUGGGGAAGGUUACGCUUCAAACCUCUUUGCGGACGACUUUGCAGUCGUCAUGAAAGCAUUCAACCUACACAAGCCCGUUUUCGUCGGAUGGAGUUUCGGAGCGACUAUCCCCGUCGACAUUGCCACUAACUUCUCCGACAUCCCUCUCGCUGAUGUCAUCUACCUCUGCGGCGUGCCAUACACUAGCUCAAUUGUUCAACAAAUCGCAACUCCCGAAAUACUCAGUUUGGUCCCGGGCCUUACUUCUGAAGACUCCGUUGUAACAGCCUUGUCCAUCACACGCGAGUUUGUCGACUUGCUUUUCCUCGAUGCCACGAAAAUUCCGUGGGAACUGCUAGUCCUGUGGACACAUCACGAUUCUUUGAGCUCGGGAAACAAGGAUUUCUGCUAUUUGUUUCUUGGAGGAGCAUACGACAGGCUGAUUAUGAGCAAUGUCGUUGCCGAUAAGAUGCGUCCGUACUUCAAGAAUCUGGAAGUUCAUUUAAUUGAGAAGGGUGGAAGCCAUGCUGUCUUUUUCGAGAACCAAGAUGAAACGAUGGACAAAAUCAUAGACUUCACCCAGAGAGUCAAUGGCCAUGAGAAUGUGUGUUCAUAA